UACAGUACCCUAAUAAUAAUGCGAAUGUAAUGGAUCAUUGAAGACAUCUCAGUACAUCAAAUGUCAAAUUACGCAUAGCUAGCUGGGUGUCUGUGGUUUUACAGCCCGUUAAAGACAUACUUGCAUACUUGCAACCACCAUGGACCGCGCUACUGGCAUCCACCACAUGUCUUCAAUCCCCACCACCAGCAACAUAGUCCAAGUGUCUGUCGCCGACGGCAUCCCGGUGGGCAUAUACCACCAGACGCAGGCACCGGGGGGCCAGAACUCUGGCCACGGUGGAGCGCUGACGCCAACGGUGGUGAUUCAGGCCUUGACACACCAGGACGUGGCCCCCCAUCCCCAGGCCACCGUGAUGGGGGUGCCCAUGGAGGGAGGCCUGGUAGUGGAAGCCCCUGGGGCAGAGCAGGAGGGGACAUCCAGGAUAGGUCUACCCCUGCAGGUCCAGGAGCUGCCCUUCGCCGAGGUGGCUUCUUUGCUCGACCCUAACAUGAAGAGCUCAAAGGCACGCAAGUACCAGAUCUACUACGACGAGGUGAAGCGGCGUCUGGAGCCCCCGGAGAAGAUGUCCCUGCGAUCUCUGGCGGCCUACACGCGCGUCAGCCGCGGGCCCGCCAGCAAGCGCACCCUGCUGGAGUCCCUCAACGUGCUGGGCCUCUCCCCCAGCACCAACACCGCCGUCUCCAGCUCCUUCUCCAAACUCACUGAGGGUGACACGGCGGCGCUGUGCAAAGACCUGAAGGAUUUUGCCUUCCAGUACGUAGACUACGAGAACAUGGCCAAACAGCUGAUGCCCGAGACCAACCACGUCCAGCACUGGUCAAAGAUCAUUGAGGCAAGGAACUACUUGGAAGAGAUGCGCAAGUGCUUCCACGACCCGGCCAACAGCAGGUCCUUCUCCAACGCCACGCACGGCCUGGGCCCGGGCCUGCUGGACGUGGCCCUGGACAUGGUGGACGGCGUCAUCGAGCGCCAGAUACGCAUCCUGUCCGGCAACGCCGAGCCCAAGUCCGAGACCGGCGGCGGCAGCGGUGGUGGCGGCGGCGGCGGCAUGCAGCAGAAGGUGCGGAAACGCACCCGGAAGCCCCGAGCGGCGAUGACGACGACGGGACCCAAGGACGCCGGGACACCGCCGGGAAGACACCCCAAGGAGGGGAGAGCGGGCCGGGGAAGGGGCAAGAGCAAGGCUGGGGGGCCCAGUGGUCGUCUGGGCAAUGCGGACGUUGAGGUGACGCAUGCGAAGCAGAUCUGUUUGGACCCUGUGGGUGUGGGUGUGGAUGUGGGUCUGGAUGUGGAUGUAGGUGUGGGUGUGGAUGUGGGUGUGGGUGUGGGUGUGGGGGUUGAUACCACAGUGGACACUCAGCAGCAACAACCGCAGCAGCAGCAGCAGCAGCAGCAGCAGCCUGCGUCCAUGGAGAGCAGUGUUCUCACCCUGGUCUCCGUCGGUUACGAAACCAUCUCCAGUGGCCUCGGCACCACGACAACCGGACUGGCAUAGCAACGGAGGACAACAAUCGUUGCCAAGCAGCAAGGACUGCUACUGAAAGUGCUCAAAACUGACAGAGAGAGAGAGAGGCUUGAGAAGUAUACUACGCCACAAAUGU